AUGUCAAAAAAAGACUUAUUAAGAUGUGAAAUUCCUAUAAAUCCUUGUGAACUAGCUAUCACAAGGCUAUUGAACCCUAAACCAAAAUUUGAAUACUUUUAAUCAUCAAUGUUAUAAAAAGUUUAGAAUUUUUUACCAGAAUUUAAAAAAGCAAAUGAAUAGUUAGAAAAUACAGAAAAUUUAAAACAGUUUUAAAUAAAUGAUUAAAAUGCAUUAUUGAGAAUCCCUAUAAAAGAUCUAAUACCAGAUCCCAAAAUUAGAAGACAUUUUAGAAGAACUGGAAGAUAAUAAAAAAUGAUCAAUUUAGUAAUUAUCCUAUAAUUAAUUAUUUAAGGAUUUGUACAUGGGAGUUAUGGAUACAAACAAAGAUUUUAAGGAGUGA